GUGUACCUAAUGAAGUGGUGUGUUUACUAAGAUUCGUACAGUCUUACAGAGGUACAAUAUUUAUUUAAAUACCAUGAGGUUGCUGCUUCUUAGCAUAACAAAAUUGCAAGUAAAGAUGUCAUACACUCACAAGCCUGAAGGUGACGCGCCAUGACAGAAAGAAGUCAGGGCAGGAGUCAUUAGUGCUUUGGCCGCAUAAGGAAUGUAAAUGUCUGAGGACAAGGAAGCCCAGGAGGAUGAGCUGCUUGCUUUAGCAAGUAUCUACGAUGAAGAGGAGUUUCACCGGGCAGAGUCUGCACAGGGGGGAGAGAUCCAGCUCUGUCUGGAGCUCCCUCCAGAUUUCAAAGUGGUAGUCAAAGGAGAGAAUAAAACUGAAUAUAAUGUCUCCUUCCUACCUCCUUUGGUGGUCAACUUUGAGAUUCCUGCAGACUAUCCCUCUACAUCCCCACCGCUCUUCACUCUCAGCUGUAAAUGGAUGACCAGAGCACAGAUGAGCUCUCUAUGCCGACGACUGGAUGAGCUGUGGGAGGAGAAUCAGGGCUGUGUGAUUCUUUUCACAUGGAUCCAGUUCCUCAAAGAAGAGGCUCUGGGCUUUCUGGGUAUCCAGUCACCUCUUGAAAUCAUAAGGGGAGGAAGUAAGGCAGCUAUGGUGCAGUUUGCGGGCCAUCCUGAAAAAGCAGAAGAAAAGAAAAAAGAAUUGAUGAAUUCCAAGUCUGAACAGAAGUUUUCAUCGUCUUCUCAGCUGGACCCGAGGACUGUCCUUUUGAUGGACCCGCGUGCCGACCUUCUACCUCAGCUCCUAGACUUUGACAAGGCGCAGCGGCAGAGGGUGUUCGACAGCAGAGUGUUCUGCUGUGGAAUCUGCUUUGUAGAGAAGCUGGGCUCAAACUGUCUCUGCUUUAAGGAGUGCCAACAUGUAUACUGCAAGGCCUGCAUGACUGAAUACUUCCAGAUCCAAAUAAGGGAUGGCAAUGUUCAGUGCCUUAACUGCCCGGAGCCCAAAUGUACCUCUUUAGCCACACCGUCACAGGUGAAACAGCUCGUGGAUGAGGAGCUGUUUGCCAGAUAUGACCGUUUGCUCCUUCAGUCCAGUUUGGACCUUAUGGCUGAUGUGGUUUACUGUCCCCGUCAGUCCUGUGGUACCGCUGUAAUGAUGGAGCCAGACACAACCAUGGGCAUUUGCUCAGCAUGCCAGUAUGCUUUUUGCACACUGUGCAAGCUCGGGUAUCACGGUGUCUCCCACUGUAAAAUUCGUGCAGAGGAACUGCGUAACCUGAGAGACGAGUACCUGUCGGCUACUGCUUCGGGGCAAAAGUUCAUGGAGCAACGCUAUGGGAAAAGGGUGAUCCAGAAAGCAGUCGAGGAGUCCUUUAGCAGAGACUGGCUCAGUGAGAACUGCAAAUGCUGCCCGCGCUGUGGAACCAAUAUACAGAAAGUUGAUGGCUGUAACAAGAUGACCUGCACCUCUUGUAAGCAGUACUUCUGUUGGCUGUGCCUGGGCGUCCUCAGCAAAGUCAACCCAUACAGUCACUUUAACAACCCACAUUCACCUUGUUACAACCAGCUUUUUCUCGGUGUGGACCCUGAUGAAGAUGAUGAUGCCUUCUGGAGUGAUGAGGAGGACUGACACUGUGCAGUGCUUCACUGCUGUAUGCUCAAUUUGAACGCACUUUAUCUCUCACAUAGCCACCACUUCAUCUGUGACUCUCACUAUGCCUGCAUUGGCCAAACAGUGCAACUACAGCCACCAGAACCCUACCGUGUCACUAUUAUGUCUUUGUUUUUUUGUUUUUGUUUUUCCAAGCGGGUCAGGGAUCUUGGAUGACAACAUUUUUUUUUCAGUAAACCUGACAUGUCAUGUAUUGCGAUAUAAAGAAUUAUGGAAAGACACAGCUGUCAUAACUUUGGCUAAUGGUAACAUUAAAAUUGCUGUUUUGGUUUGUACAUCAAUAACAGGUACUUAGAUAUGUGGUUAUUGAUUGGCAGCACAGUUUUCUGCACAUGACUGGGUCACUGGGCUAAACCCCCCUUGCCUCCCAAAGACACAGGGUGCUAUUUACAGAGCCUACUCCGCAGUCUUUCAUAAACAAGUUUAGCUGAAUCCUUGCAUAAAGUCAAAGCAGGUUAAAAUUUAUUUCACUGGAUUGGUUGGUAUUGGUUUUAUUAUAUUUCUGUACAGAACUAAAUAAUAGAGGAAAGUGGCUUAGAUACUUUUGAGAAUCAAUGGUUUAACGAUUGCUCAUUAGGGUAUGUGUUGCUUUAAUUUCAUUCAGGGAUUGGUGUGAGAAAUGAUAUAAUCGAAUAGAUCUACUCCUUAAUGUUGCCACUAAUUAGUGUCAAAGUGAGGCCAAAUAGUUUAAUUAUAUCCACAGAUACAAAAAUUAGUUUGUAUUGUAUUACUUCAUUUACAUUAGAAUGAAAGGGCAAAUUUCUAAUGCAAGCAGUUCUGUUCUGAAUUGAACCCUACAGCAAAUCUGUUCCUUUUCAGCACUGAAUGAUUUGGUCUGUCCUGCAAAGCAUGUGUCCUACCUGCAGAAGCAUGUGGAAUUGCAUUGCAAUUAACUGUUCCUCAAAGUAAAAAUUCUUACUUAA